AUAAAAUUCAGAGGAAAAUAUGGAUCCAGUUGGUGUUCAGUUUGCACCUAUUAUGUCAGAAAACCAUUAUGAUUUACAUGGACCGUUAUCCAGUGGGUACACAUUUGUUCAACCAAAUUUGUGGACUAAUCGAGAGGACCGGAAUUACGUUCCACCACAUCAAAAUAAUGAACAUUUAUUACGUUCUGGAAAUACAGUAGACGACAAUGCAAAUAUUCAAAAUAAAAUGGACUCCCAAGAAAAAGAAUGGGAAAAUAAUUCUAAAGAAGAUAUAAAGGAAUUCGAUAACACUACCUCUGAACAGACAACACAAAAACAGUCGCAGGUGGCAUCAACCCUCAAAUGGUUAACAGAUAAUUAUGAACGAGCCGAAGGUGUAUGUUUACCUCGGUGUGUUCUGUAUACACAUUAUCUCGACUUCUGUAAGAAAGUCAAGUUUACUCCAGCGGGAGCAGCCACAUUUGGAAAGCUCAUCCGACAGAAGUUUCCGAAGCUGACAACAAGGCGUCUUGGUACUCGUGGACAAUCCAAGUAUCACUACUAUGGCAUAGGUAUUAAGGAGACAUCAAUAUAUUACCACUCUGUUUAUGCAGGGAAAGGUUUGACAAGAUUUUCUGGUGUGAAGAUAAAAACAGAGGGGUCAAACAGGAAGUACUCUUUAAGUUCAAAAACUGGAACUUUAUUACCAGAGUUUCCUGAUGCUAGCAAUCUUAUCGUAGAAGACGGUGUCGAUCGGGACAAGCUGUACACUUUUAUCCUGAUGUAUAGAACACAUUGUCAAAGAAUUCUGGACACAGUAAUCAGUGCAAACUUUGAUGAGGUGCAAAACUUCUUAUUACAUUUUUGGCAAGGAAUGCCCGAGCAUCUAUUGGAUAUUUUAAAAGCUAGUAUGAUCGCAGAUAUAAUUGGGUUAUGCGAUUCAAUACUGUACAAGGUUAUGAUAGACGUUCUUAUUCCUACAACCAUCCAAGAUUUACCUGAAAGUUUAGCUGCAGAAUUGAAAAUGUUUGUUAAGAAAUUGCCAUACUGGAUAGAAAAUGCUUUAGAGGACUCACCAGAACAUUUGCUCAAUAAAAAGAUAGAAGUUACAAAAGGAUUUAUACAAAGCAUCAAAAGACAAAUAUCGUUUAUACAGUUAGCUCAAACAACAAGGAGCGUUUUGAUGAAUCACGAUUUAGCUAAUCAGAUGAUAGAAGAUAUAGCGGAAAUUAAUUUUUUAGAGAUAUGUUGUCAAGCUGGAUUUAUAGAACCACAUUCUACAGAAACAUUCAGGGAAUCCAUACAAGACUUUUUUGAUGAGUUCCAGAAUCUUCUAACAAAACAGGCCCCUAUUGAAGGUUACACUGAAUGGCUGGAUACAAUUAUUGAUACAUGUGUUUUACAGGCAGGUAAAUCCAGUAAAUUGACUUUUCGUGACAAAGCAGCAAGGUUUCUGUUACAGUGGACUGUGUUCAGUUCUUUAUUUAUGAGAGAUAUGACAUUGCAUAGUGCUACAAGUUUCGGAUCUUUCCAUUUAAUUCGUUUGAUGUUUGACGAGUAUGUCUUCCUUGUCAUGGAAACUCAACAACAACAAACCAAAGAUCAAGUUCUGCAGAAAAAUUUGAAACGAAUUAUGAAGAAUGCAGAGGAAAUAAAGACGCAAGCGAAGCACAGAACACCUUCAUCUAAACUGCAACAUUCACCAAAGAAUAGAAAGCGUAAACACAGCGAUGAGCAAUAUGAAAGCACAGAUGAAGCUGACAUUAGAGGCCAGGAUGAGAACCGACACAUCUUGCCAAAUAAUAACAAUUACAUGCCAAUGGCUGGAACAGCGUUCUCUAGACCAGUUCCGUCGAGUAUUCGUGAUCAAUGUGCUUUAUCAUUCGCCGAGGAGUCUUGUCGAGGAAAUGUAACCAAUCCGUCCUUGUCAUUGUCACCACUUAAACAUUAUACACCUUUUAAUAGUGCUUCAUUUGACAGACCUACUUAUUUAUCUCAAUAUGGACUGAACUCUUACAAUGACAUAAUAGGAUCCGGCAGUGGUCUUACAGCGACUAGAAUGCAGCCGUACACGGACUCACAUUCCCAGUCAUUUAGUCAUAUUCCAUUUAGUGCUAGCAUGCCCCAGCCCCCAAGUGCGUACUGGACAACAGACAGUCGGCCACAUACUUAUCACGAUCAUUAUACACCGUAUAGUUAUAACAAACUAACAACUCCGUAUGAAACUCUUAACAAAGGCUCGUUUCUAAGGGGUGCCGCUUACCAGGACGUUCUGAACAGAGCCACAUUAGAAUCACAUCGACCAUACUAUAGAAGUCAUCAUGAUUAUAAUCAAGUAAAUGGUCAUUUAUCUGUGAACGGUUACAACAGUACGUUUAUGGAUAUAGCUCAACCUUCUCCCCAAUAUGGCCGCCAGGAGUCGCUCUUUUACCAAGAUGAUCUGUAUUCAGGGACUAUAGGAACACCAUUCUCUACAAUGACAAAGCCAUAUUUAACAGCAACUUUUAGAUGAUAUAAAUGUUUUUGAUAUUGAUUUGCUCAAACUGUCAAUAAAAUUAUUUAUUGCUUAUA